AUGCCUCAGCUGUGUGUGUGUGUCCGUCUCUCCCUCUGCGCCCUGGGCAGACAUGGACAGAGAGGCUCUCUGCUCCUCCCCUCUCCCCAGCUCCAGGUGGUGAGGGAACAGCCAGGAGCCAGGCCCAGGAAGGCCACUGGAGCACCGGGCCUCUGUGAAUGCCACCAGGACCUGGGAGACAGCUGUUUCGCGCUGUGCUGCCUGCCUGUGUACACCUGCAAGGUGGCCUGGUCAGUGGGGGCGUGUCCCUGCCUGCCUCUGCUGGACUGCAUCAGCUGUGUACCCGCUGCCUCUCUGGCCAUGAGGGCUUCUGUCCGGGAGCGUUACGGCAUCCAGGGGGGAGUGUGGAGUGACUGUUUCUACGGUUGCUGUUGCUACCCACUCUCCUGGUGCCAGAUCUCCCGUGAGCUCAAAAGACGAGCAGCAGUCUAUGCCAACUCCCCCCCCUCCUCCUCCUCCUCGGCCCGAUACAUCGCUCUCACCUCCCUGCAGGGGGCGCACUUGAUUUAGAAGAGGCAGGAUCUGACAAAUGAGCCUGGACCACAUGGGCUCAAUUAAAUCAUUUAAUCAAUUACCUUCAAACUCCUACUCCUUAACUUGGUCCCCUCCCACAUCUAUGGUUGGUUAUCACCCACAUCUGUACUAAGCCUUCUAGCUUACGUUCGACCUCUAUAUGAACUGCAAACGACUGUUGAUUGGAUGUUUUUUGUAUUUCUUGCCUUCUUUUAAAAUUCUCAAAAAUCUGUA